CCCCACUCCAGGUAAUUUUCCCGCGGAUUUUAUUACAAAGACCGAGUGUUCGCGAAUUUAAUUACUCUGUCAAUCGGCUAUUAAUCAUGAUAUCAAUUAAAUAUUAUUUUUAACAAAAAUAACUUAUUUAUUAUUUUAACUAAAUGUUAUGUGAUACUGUUAUUAAUUCGUAAGACAAUUACUGGCAUCAAAGCUCCAUAAAUUUAUAUGAAGAUGGAUGACACUAAAGAAAUAUCUGAAGUCUGUACUGUCACUAAAGUAAUUCCUCCGAAGCCGAAAAAAUUAGUCCAAGCACGGUUACCAUUUCAAAUAUUGUCCUCACCGGAUACUCCAAACAGUUUUAAAUCAAACAAUAAAAAGCGUAAAUUGUCAUCACCAUCACCCAGUAACUGCAAAUCUGACAAAGGGCCAAAAAUAGCAAGAAAAGAAAACACGGUAUCAAAGGUCAGUGACUUUGAAACUGAUGACAAGAAUAAUAAACACAAUGACACUGCCGAAGUUAUUGAUCUUGAUGAUCUUGAUGAUACUGACACCGUUAUCAAUCCUAAAAAACGCGGUGACGAUGACAGAGGUGUCAUGAAACCAAACACUUUGCUGAAGUAUCUACAGAAAUCAUCAGAAGUUACUUCCAAAGACAGUGCAGAGUCUGAUAAACCUGAAAAACGGGUAAGACUGGAUCCAGAAGCUGUCGUUGUGCUCAAUAGGUGCGAUGAUGCCGUGAAAGAUAAAGACACUGGUGAUAAUGAAUCAGCUGAUGAAGUUGGAGUGGAAUUGCCAGCGGAAGAGGAGAAGGAAGCGAAGGAAGAGGAUUCGAGUGCUGAUGUGAUGGACAUCUCGACAGCUGAUGAUGAACCGGGUUCGUGUUCAAAUAAAGACAAAGAAGCUGAUGAUAAAUCGAUUGAUACUCUGGAUAACAGUGAUACCGAGUCGGAGACAACGACCUCCGAGGAUGAGGAUGACAAGAAAUCAGAUGAUGAUAAGAAAUCGGAUGAUGAAGACGAUAAGAAGGACUCGGAAAAAGGCAACAGGACGCCGACGAAUAAAUCUACUGAGCAAUUGGCCAAAAAACGCAAGGCUUUGACCCCGAAGCAGUUGUUCAGAAAAAUGGAGAGCGAAAAGAAGCGCGAGGAGAGAGAAAAGUUGAAAGCUGAGAAAAAGAAAGAGAGGAAUGAGGCGAGAAUGCUGAGGCGUGAGAAGAAAGAAGCUGAGAAAGAGUUGAAGAGGAAGGAGAAAGAGCAGAAGGAGUUGAAGAAGCAGAUGGAGAUCGAGCAGAAGCAGAAAGAAAAGGAACGGAAGGAAAAAGCCAAGGAGGAGGACAAGCGCAAGCGGGAGGAAGCUAAGGAAGAGGAGAAACGUAAGAAGGAGGAAGAGAAGUUGGAAGCUGAGCGCAAGAAACAAAAAGCUGCGUCGACGUUCGCCAGCUUUUUCGUUGCCAAGAAACAGGAGGCGAAGUCCACAGUCGAGGAAACUGAUGUCGGCGCUUGUAAUUUUGAGCCUUUUGAAGUGAAAGCUUACAUGAAAGUCGCUCCUAUUUCUCGGAGGACUCUGACCGAUGAUGAGAAAUCGUUUUUUGACAAACUGGAGGAUCCCACGAUAGAGAAACUGUAUUUACAUGAAAUAAAAAGUGAUAGAACUAAAAUACGCAGAUCCGGUAAAACUUGGCCCUUUGAAGCCAGAGAUGAUGUCACUAUUCUUGAGGAAGAUGACGAUAAUUUAAAUUGCAUUGAUGAAGUUCCUCCGGUCGAAAAGCACCGGAUAAAAUUACUUUUCUUCAGCGAAAACCGUCGGCCGCCUUAUUGGGGUACUUGGAGAAAAAAAAGCAACUCGGUAACUCCCCGGCGACCAUUCGCCAAAGACUCGUGCUUCGAUUAUGAAGUGGAUUCGGAUGACGAAUGGGAAGAAGAGGAACCGGGUGAAUCGCUGCGCGGUUCUGAUGACGAGAAGGAAGAAGACCCUGAUGACAAUGAGUACGAUGUCGACAAUGAGUUUAUGGUACCCCAUGGAUACUUGUCCGACGAAGAAGCUAAAGCCGACGGCGAAGAAGAAGAACACAUGUCUGAGGAGUCACAGAAAUUUAAACUAAAAAUUCUCGGUGAGCGAUUCGAGGAAGAAAGGAGUGAAAAAACUUCUAAAAUAAAACCUCGAGUCAUUGGUUGUAUUUGGCUGGGUCCUCUUAAUUCUUAUCCUGAAAACACUCCACCGAAGCUGGUUAAUUUUUUAACUGCGCGGCAAAUAUGGGUGCGGGAAACUCCAGUUAUUUUACAGAGCACCGCAGAAGCAGAGCUGUCUGAUGACUGCGACGAGUCGGUGUCAAAUAAAAAGUCCAGCUCAGCUGGUGCCAAGAAGACGUCAGUACCGGAAGACGCUCUGCCGGACCUGAUUCGUCUUAUACACGGGAACGUUAACGCUCGCGUUUUCUUGAUAAAAGAAUUUAUCACAUACUGGAACCGAAAGUAUCCGAACGAUGAGCGACGUCUGUCGAAAAUCUCCGUCGGCAAGAAGAUCCGGGAGUUGGCUAAACGGAUGUCUUGCCCAGAAGAGGGUCCGAUGCACUUGAAGACUUGCUGGUACGUUCCUGAAAACACGAGGAAAAAAUAUCUCACUGAAGAAUUGACGAUCCCGAACACCUGGAAGUAUAUUUUGACACCCAAACGUAAGAAAGUUAAUGAAGCGGCCGAGCAGUCUGAUAAAAUCGAUAAGGAUUUAGAUCGUGAGAAGGAUAAGGACAAGGACAAGGACAAGGAUAAAGAUAAAGAUAAAGAUAAAGAUAAAGACAAAGAGAAGGAGAAGAAGAGUACUCCCUUGAUUACCCAGUUUACCAAGAAAAUAACUCAGGAGGAGAUGAAGAGGCAACUGUCUGCGAAGCCUGUGCCGAGUCCGAAGCCUUCGGUUGCUCCUCCGACGAACAAACCACCAAAGAGGGUGGCUCUGAUUUCCGUCGCAAGGGGCGAGCAGUUUCCCAAGGCUUCUUCUUCAUCUUCAUCUCCAUCUCCAUCUUCCAUCAUCACCGCUUUCUCUAAAGUAAACGCUAGAGCGACUCUUCCAGCAGCUUCACAAGCCGGUUGCGCUGACAAGCCCAUCACCAUCGACGACUCAUCUCAGAGUCCCAGGAAAAGUGAAUCAGCGCCGAGUCAACCCAGCGAAACUGCUAAAGUCUCGAGUAAUCUCAGUACUGCUGAUAAAAAUAGCAAAACAGAUGAUAAAAAUGAUGAUGUUGCGAUCGUUAGCGUUGUCGAUGAUGCGAAAGAGUAAACUCCCGUCUUCGGUAUAAUAAUAGUCUCAGUUGUAUAAAAAAUUAGAAUUGUUGAAUGCCGUGCCGUGAGUUGAGAUCUAAGCGAAACUUUUGAAUCUUAACACGUUGCGUGUGAGACUGCAAUAGAAACCGAUGACUCGUUCCUUGCCACUGCUACCACUACUUCUACUACUACUACUACUACUACUACUACUACUACUACUACUUAGUUUAUACUAUUUGCUACUAUUACUUCUGCAUUUGGCAUAACAACUGCAGCAUACUGUGGCAUUGGUGGGAAUCAAUGCGAUUAUUAUCGUACACGAUAAUCGAGUAAUAAAUCGAGGCGCGACGCGGUGCGCGGGGCCGACAAUCAAAGGGAGGGGGAAGCAAAAUCAAAGAUAAAGAUAAAGGCAAAAGCAGUCUCGCCCUUUCUCAUGGCUAUGGCUUUUACACUCGUUCUUCCUUUUCAACAAUCCUGUGAGAUUGAUACUCUGGUGCGUUUUCUCCGACCUCACCACUAAGCCUUUUUUUAUAUCGCUUUUAUUAUCCGCUUAUUAAAUACCGUUGAAAUUAUUUUAUUAAUAUUAUUCAGUAGUAUAAUAUAGUAACGAAUAAGUUUUUAUAAAUAUAUAAAUAUAAAUUUUGAUAUCCGACAGUGCCUCGAUUUUUCGUUACGUCUAUUUUGAUAAUUUAUUAAUAAGUAUCUACAAAUUAUGAAUUAUAUAUAUGAAAAGUAUCUUAAUUGUUGAACAACAAAAUAAAUUUUUAU